AUGCACUCUCUCUCUCACACUCUCUCUCCUCCACACACCACCACCACCACCUCCAUUUCUCACUCUACAACACUUUCUCUCAUCAACAAAACCAAAUCGCUCGAACUUCACAAUCACAAUCACACUAGAAUCUCCAUCAUCAUUUCCUCCAAGUCAAAUUCAAACAAGACCUUCGCUAUAGGAAAUCGCGUCGGUGUUGAAACCGAAACCGCGGUUGUUGAAAUUCACAAGCCUCAAUUCGAAGUCUCCAGAGGCUUCCCCUCUCCUUUCGGUGCUACUGCUCAAGAAGACGGAGUCAAUUUCGCCAUUUAUUCUCUCAAUGCACACUCAGCUACUCUCUGUUUGUUCACUCUUUCUGAUUUCAAAAACAAUAAGGUGACGGAGUACAUUACACUUGAUCCAUUGGUGAAUAAAACGGGAUGUGUUUGGCAUGUGUUUCUAAAAGGAGAUUUUAAAGAUAUGCUCUAUGGAUAUAAAUUUGAUGGCAAAUUUUCUCCUCAACAAGGACAUUACUAUGAUUCUUCUCGUGUUUUACUUGAUCCUUAUGCAAAAGCUGUUAUAAGCAGAGGAGAAUAUGGGGCUGUUGGACUUGAUGGAAACUGCUGGCCCCAAAUGGCUGGCAUGGUACCUUUUGAUCCUGAGGAGUUUGACUGGGAAGGAGACUUGCCUCUGAAAUAUCCACAAAAGGAUCUUAUUAUAUAUGAAAUGCAUGUGCGAGGGUUUACGAAGCAUGAGUCAAGCAAGACUGAGUUUCCCGGUACUUAUAUUGGUGUAGUGGAGAAGCUUGAUCACUUAAAGGAGCUUGGAGUAAAUUGUAUAGAGUUAAUGCCAUGUAAUGAGUUCAAUGAGCUGGAAUACUACAGUUACAAUGCUGUACAAGGGGACUAUAGGGUCAAUUUUUGGGGGUAUUCAACCAUCAAUUACUUUUCACCAAUGAUCAGAUACUCAACAGCUGGCACACAAAACCGUGGUCGUGAUGGGAUUAAUGAAAUUAAGUUCCUCAUCAAAGAGGCGCACAAGCGAGGAAUAGAGGUUAUUAUGGAUGUUGUUUUCAAUCAUACAGCUGAAGGGAAUGAAAAGGGUCCCAUUAUUUCUUUCAGAGGAGUUGACAAUAGUGUGUAUUACAUGGUAGCACCCAAGGGGGAAUUCUACAAUUAUUCAGGAUGCGGGAACACAUUCAAUUGCAACCAUCCAGUUGUACGGAAAUUCAUAGUGGACUGCUUAAGAUAUUGGGUAGCAGAAAUGCAUGUUGAUGGUUUUCGCUUUGAUCUUGCUUCCAUCAUGACCCGGGGUAGCAGUCUAUGGAACGGAGUUAAUGUAUUUGGUACUCCAAUAGAAGGCGACAUGCUGACAAUUGGAACCCCUCUAAGCAGCCCACCAUUGAUUGAUAUGAUCAGUAACGAUCCAAUACUUCGUGGAGUGAAGCUUAUAGCCGAAGCCUGGGAUGCUGGAGGUCUCUACCAAGUUGGCACUUUCCCUCACUGGGGUAUUUGGUCGGAAUGGAAUGGGAAGUAUAGAGACACAGUACGCCAGUUUAUCAAAGGCACAGAUGGCUUUGCUGGAGCAUUUGCCGAAUGUGUGUGUGGGAGUCCUAGUUUGUAUCAGGGAGGAAGAAAACCAUGGAAUAGUAUUAACCUUGUAUGUGCUCACGAUGGCUUCACUCUAGCUGAUUUGGUGACUUAUAACAGCAAGCAUAACUUGCCCAAUGGUGAAGACAAUAAUGACGGAGAAAAUCAUAAUAAUAGCUGGAACUGUGGAGAGGAGGGGGAGUUUGUCAGUCCCUCAGUAAAGAAAUUGAGGAAACGACAAAUGCGUAAUUUCUUUCUUUCUCUCAUGGUUUCCCAGGGAGUUCCAAUGAUACACAUGGGUGAUGAAUAUGGACAUACAAAAGGGGGAAACAACAAUACCUACUGUCAUGAUAAUUAUCUUAAUUAUUUCCAAUGGGACAAAAAGGAAGAAUCCUCAUCAGACUUUUUCAGAUUUUGCAGCCUUUUGGUCAAGUUUCGCCAGGAAUGUGAAUCGCUUGGCUUAGAUGACUUCCCAACAUCAGAGAGGCUGCAGUGGCAUGGUCUUUUUCCUGCAACUCCUGACUGGUCUGAAACUAGCCGUUUUGUGGCUUUUACCCUGGUGGACUCGGUAAAGGGAGAAAUUUACAUUGCUUUCAAUACGAGUCAUCUACCUUUCACAGUUAACUUGCCAGAGCGUCCAGGAUACAGAUGGGAACCUCUCAUAGACACCAGCAAAUCUGCACCAUAUGAUUUCCUCACGCCUGAUCUUCCUGGAAGAGAUAUUGCAAUACAACAGUAUGCUCAUUUUCUUGACGCCAAUAUGUAUCCCAUGCUUAGUUACUCUUCCAUCAUCCUUUUGCGCACUCCCGAUGUAAAUGCCUAG